CACCCUCCCGUGCCCUGUCCGUGCCCGCAGCUCGCUCCCGGAGCGUGAUGAGCGCCGAGGCUGCCGGGGCGCGGGCGGCGUCCCCCGGCCCGCCGGAGCGGGCGCUGAAGCUGGGCUGGCUGAAGAAGCAGCGCUCCAUCGUCAAGAACUGGCAGCAGAGGUACUUCGUGCUCAGGGGCCAGCAGCUGUACUAUUACAAGGAUGAGGACGAGGUCAAACCGCAGGGCUGCCUGUCUCUCCAGGGAAGCACCAUCAAGGAGGUGGUCAGCAGCCCUGAGGAAGGAGGGAAAUUCAUCUUCGAGAUCAUCCCAGGAGCCUCUGGGGAGCACAGCUGGGCAGGGCAGGACAGCUGCGUGCUGAUGGCGAACACCCAGGCGGAGAUGGAGGAAUGGGUUAAAUCCAUCCGGAGAGCGCUGGGCUCCUCCUCGGGAGCGGUGUUCGGGCAGCACUUGGCAGAGACCAUGGCACAGGAGCAGAAGUUUGGGCAGCAGCAGGUGGUGCCCAUCCUGGUGCAGAAGUGUGCUGAGUUCAUCCUGGAGCAUGGGCUGGGGGAGGAGGGCAUCUUCCGCCUGCCCGGGCAGGACACCCUGGUGAAGCAGCUGAGGGACGCCUUCGACGCCGGCCAAAGGCCUUCCUUUGACAGGGACACAGACGUGCACACUGUGGCCUCUCUGCUCAAGCUCUACCUGCGGGAGCUGCCCGAGCCCGUGGUGCCCUGGCUGCAGUAUGAGGAGUUCCUGCUGUGCGGGCAGGCGCUGGAUGCAGACGAGAGCAAGGGCCAUCAGGAGCUCCUCAAGCAACUCUCUCUCCUUCCCAGAGACAACUACAACCUCCUCAGCUACAUCUGCAGGUUUCUACAUGAAAUACAGUUGAACUCCAGUGUCAACAAGAUGAGUGUGGAUAACCUGGCAACAGUGAUUGGAGUGAACCUCAUCAGACCCCAGAUAGAGGAUCCUGCAAUUAUCAUGAGAGGCACGCCACGGAUCCAGAAAGUGAUGACUGUGAUGAUAAGUGACCAUGCAGAGCUCUUUCCCCCAUCCAAAGAUGUGCCACUCUCCCCACCUGCCCCCCAGCAUGACAAGAGAGCUCCUGUGCCACGCAGCUCCGUGGGCUGGGGCGCGGCAGAGGACCCUGCGGUGCCCAGGGCAGAGAGCUCCAUCCAGAGGCAAACGAGAGGUGACCCAAGCUCCAGAAGUGUCCCAGGACCAGCUGUGAGCUCAAAUGCACCUGGAGAAGAGAACAGGUCCAAAGACACCCUGGGACUGUGGAAAAUGCAGCCCAGGAAAAGAACUCAGACUUUGCCUAACAGGAGAACUCUCCUGGCAGCUGCUCCUGCAGGGGAGCAGGGCAGCAGUGCCAAGAGUGACAGCUGGAAAAGCUGUCCCGGGAGCAGUGUGCACUCUGUGGUGCCUGAGGGGCACAAGAGAACUUUGUCUCAUGAUCUUUUCAAGCUGCUGGACCUUCACAGGACUUCAAGCCACGACAGUAGCCCCCAGGCAGAGAGCGCAGAGGGCAGCAGCUCCAGCCCCAGCCCUUCCAGCUUUGACAAGGAAUUUCUCCCCUGCCCCAGCCCCACACAUCAGCCAAAGGAAAUGCCCAGUCCCACCAGCAGCCCCACUGACCAGGAGAGCAAAGAGUUCCUGCAAAGCAUCAUCAAGAAGCUGGAAAAAGAAAUGGAGGCACAGAAAAAUGACUACGAGGAGCAAAUGAAAAGUCUCGAGAAGGAGAACUAUGAAGUUUGGGCCAAAGUGGUGAAACUGAAUCAGGAGCUAGAGAAGGAGAAGAAGAAGUCUGAGGAGCUGGAGCUGAGGUUACUGGACCUGGAGCGCUCACGGGAGGACAUGGAGAGGACAAACAAGAGGCUUGAGGAGGAGGUUCAAAAACUCUCUAAACCCAUGAGCAAAGCUGAUGCCAAAAGCAACUAGGAGAAGGCAGCCAGCUCUCCCCAGAGAGAAAAUGCAGCUGCAGGCAUCCAAAGGAACUGCCAAGCAGGUUCAGAGGCUUGAGCUGUGCAGCCUUCUGCUGCUGACUGCAGGCUGGCUUGAAGGAAGAAGCCCAGAAGCUUGGGGCUGGUUUGUGCUCUGAGACUGGAACAGUCACAACUAUUAUUUGGCUCUUUUUUGGGGUAUUUUGUCUCUGUUUUUUCCCCAUCUCUUCUUUUAGCUGCUCAGAGUGCCUGUGGCACAGGCCACCAAUUGUUGCUGCUCAGUCAGAGCCCCUUGCCCUCAGCAGGGCAGGUUAAGGAGGUCUUAUGCCUCUGCAAAACUCCUGCCAGCCUGCUGGAGACACCAACACUGCUUCUGAGUGGAACAAAACCUUCUGGAUCUGGGGAGACAGAAGAGCCCCAAGGUCUGGGCUGGCAUCGUGCUGUGUGC